AUGGAGCUGUCCGAGAUCGAGGACCUGCCGAAGAAGCUCCUUCGGGAGGAGGCUGGCCGCGCCUUCCGUCUCCAAGCUUCGGCGAAGAAGGCAUAUGAAGACGGCAGAGCGAAGGUUGCCGAAGCUGGCAAAGCGAUCCAAGCUCAGGCGAACUUGGCUAAGGACAUGCAGGCUGCCGAACGGCAAGUAAAAGUUUAUCAAGCCAAGCUCGGCGAGAUGUCGGCAGCCUUAGAGGCGGCGCAGCUGACGGCAAAGGAGGCUCUGGAGUCGAAGGAGGCGGUCCAGGUGGCCUUUGAGGAGUCCAAGAUCGAGGCUGCCGUUCAGGAGGCGAUACGGGGCUACCAUCGGUCUACGGAGUUUUCUACCUUGCUGGACAAGGAGGUAGGCAUGGAAAUGGCGGACCUACUCUACCGUUUCAAGCGGUACAACCCUGGGAAAAAGCUCAACCUCAACUUCAUUGCCGAUCCUCCCCCUCUUUCUGAAGGCAUAACCGAAGAAAUGGUCGAGGAGUACGAGGGGGAGAAUAUGACAGAGGAGGUCCCAGCCGAUCCCGAAGGGGUGCUGCCGAAGCUGAUGGGGUUGCCGCCGAAGCCGAUGAGGGCAUUUUUUGUACACUUUUUAAUGUAA